CAAGUUACAGUGGUAAUGAACAAGUUACAGUGGUACUGAACAAGUUACAGUGGUACUGAACAAGUUACAGUGGUAAUGAACAAGUUACAGUGGUAAUGAACAAGUUACAGUGGUACUGAAGUACUUAACAUAUUUAUAUCUCGUCAGAAUUGUAGUGAGUUAUUUAUGCAGACAUGAAUUAGGUCACACAGAUAAAAAUACUUUAUAUUUUUUCAAGGUAUGCUUGAAAAAAAUAUGUGGUUAUGCGUUAUUUACAGUGGGCAAAGUCAGAGUAUUUUUCCAAACUGGUUGAUAAUAUACCACUGCGGAUAAAAUGCUUUGACAUUUCUUGAACAUUUCUGAGCGAGUUGUCUCUAAAUUCAUUAAUUUUAUCGCAUUCCAGUAGAUAAUGACGCAAGGUGUGACAACAGUCCAUCUGGCAAAGUUUAUAGUUUGUUUGAUCUACAUCUGGUAGUGGUGAUUUAACCUGCCAGAUACUGGUAACGCAGCCGGAGCCGAACCGUAGUGACAUCCAAGAAUCUGAGGAUUUUGUUGGAUGCACCAUAGACAUGUGGCUCCUCCUGCAUGAUACAAUGAUCACUUGUGUGACCACACACUGUAUACCUGAUGUAGUGCUACGUUAUACAUAACGUGGAGCACUAAACCCGUAUGGAUCAUACUGUAUCAGGAGAUGUGUUGGUUCGAUUCAUCGUAGGCUAAUUACACUUAUUUGACUCACCGUUCAUCUCACUAAGGUGGUGGCUAUGUUUUCUUCCUGGAUUGAUGCUACGGUCUUUAGUUAUAUAUUGACUCACUGAGUAGCUAAGCAAACACUAGUGUACCCAUGUCUUCUGACUCACCUUUAACUCAUAUGAUGACCGUACAAUAGCGCCAACUGCUGACAUACUCAUGCUGGAUGUUCAUACAUAUAUAUACAUAUACAGCCCAUGGGAGCACUGCUUCAGUGACCCGAGCAGUGAGUAGUGUCUUCCAGUGCGUCACUACACAGGUGAUGAAGAGUAGGAGAGGAGAGAUAGAGGCGUCCUAAGAUGGAAAGCGUACGUGGGAAGGGAGUUUACUGUGACUAGGAGAAAGAUGGGUUGUUGUUGAAAGAGAAGAAAUAAAGAGAUAAAAUUGGGAUACCCCAAGAGAAAGCUGACAGAACAAAGAAAAAAUUACGACUAUGAGGCAAGGUACAAGUGCAAAAAAUUAAAUACCGAAUGAGGAGGAGCAGGAAGGGACAAAGUAAAGGGAGACGCAGUGCAGUGAACGGUAUCUCCUCACUGUCUCUGAUGGUUCUGGGGACUGAGCACAGCUGAGGCCCGGACGAGAGGAGUGGCUAGAGGACCUUGGACUUGAAGCAUCAUGGGGGUGUGGUCAACAAAUAAGAUUGGCUCCCACACCGGUCUUCUGCGUGCCCUACACUAUGACUGGAAGCUGACUGCUUUAUCUGCUCAACCGUGUUUGCUUUCCAAAACUUGACAAAGUUCCCAUACGCUGCUGUUUCUGGGACUGGCUUGCUGACCUUCACAAUAAAGGGAGGAUCAUCGACCAUGGCUUCCCAAUGUACCGUAAUAUUCUGAGCCAUCACGAACGCUAUUAAUGUCUUGUUUCACCAUGAAGGUUGGGUGGUCUUGGAUUUGGGAGGGGAGGGGGUGAGAGAGAGAGAGGAAGGGGGUAAAGCAAAAAAACAAUAUGGGUGAGUGGCGCAGCACAGUGUGCGCAGUGGCUGGUACGAGGUUACGAGUCCCGGAGCUGCCCUGAACACGGUUUACUAAAGCACAGCACCGCAUCAGGGAAACAUCAUUUCAUCCCUCGAGCUUGACCAUGAAGCCUCCUGCAAUUAAACGCAUUAAAUCUGUGGGUUCUCCGGGAAGAAAAGAGGAUGAGGUGAAAGUGGCGUGCCCUCUGGCCCCGCCGGCGGUGGCCUGGCCCCUCUGGCUCAAGCUUCGGGUUUUCUUCACCACCUUGGCUGUGGAACCCGUCAUGCUCCUGGAUGGCCUCGCCUACUCCGUUAUGAUCGUCUUCGUCGAGGAUCUUCAGCUGGAUAAAAUCUGCCGCGUUAACCUCAACUUCACAGAAGAGGUGUGCACCAACUUAACGAAACAUCCGCAGGAGAAUAUUAAAGUCCAGCAAGCGUUAAGUAUAUUUGGAAUGUAUAAUGGCAUCAUCAUGUCCUUCAUCCCUUUCUUCUUCAUUCUAUUCAUGGGCGCCUGGAGCGACAAGUACGGCAGGAAGGUACCACUGUAUGUGGCCACCCUCGGCCACUUCUGUUGGGCGGGCGGGUACCUGCUUAAUUCGUGGGUGGCAGAGUGGCCAGUAGAGUUUCUACUGGUAGCUGCUGUCUUUGAUUCACUAGGGGGAGGAACAGUGUCCUUCCUCACCGCUGCCAACGCAUACCUCAGCGACGUGACCUCAGAAGAGUCUCGCACUAUGAGGGUGGGUCUUGCCAAUAGUAUCUGGUAUCUGGGAGGACCCAUCGGAACACUAGUCGGUUAUUAUAUUAAGAAGCAUGGAGGAUAUCAAAUGCUGUUCGGGACCUCCUUGUUGAUGCAUUGCGGGUCUCUCACCUAUCUCUUCUUCCUGCCUGAGAGCCACGGGCCCUUCGCUAAGAAGAAGACUUCGGAGAAGAACGAGGAGCAGAAUAGCGAGAAACCUGCGCAGAUUUCCCUGAAGCGACCAAGUGAAGUAGCCGGGUCAGCCAACAAGAUAUCCCUAUGGAAAAUGAUCACCGAUUUCUUCAACUACGAGAGAAUCGUGGACUCGUUCCGAUGCACCUUCAAGGCUAGAGGAGGACUGGUGCGAGUCUUCGUCCUGUUGCUUAUCCUUUGCAAUCUGCUACGUCGGCUGGGUCGCGGUAAGUGCAAACACUUUAACUUUUUAUGUUCUGUGUUGAGUAAUCCUGUUGUUCAAGAGUUGACUCAUGGAAAUGUGGCGGGAUCCCUGGUGGCUGUGCCUCUUCUCUCUCGUGGUCUGGGAGUUUCAGACAAUAUCCUAGCUAUUCUGGGAGCUCUGGCCUCUGUCGCAGACUACACUUUCUACGGGCUGGUCUCCAAGAACUCGGAGUUCCUAGUCUGGAUAGCACCUGCUGCAGCGCUCCUUGUCAACUCCUGCGUCAUCGCCAUCCGCUCCACUUCCAAGUUUGUGACGGGAGACGAAUUAGAUCAACAUCAAGAUUCUUGUCACACACGUCCUCUCAGAUCAACAUCAAGGUUCUUGUCACACACGUCCUCUCAGAUCAACAUCAAGGUUCUUGUCACUCACGUCCUCUCAGAUCAACAUCAAGGUUCUUGUCAAUUACGUCCUCUCGGAUCAACAUCAAGGUUCUUGUCACUCACGUCCUCUCAGAUCAACAUCAAGGUUCUUGUCACUCACGUCCUCUCAGAUCAACAUCAAGGUUCUUGUCACUCACGUCCUCUCAGAUCAACAUCAAGGUUCUUGUCACACACGUCCUCUCAGAUCAACAUCAAGGUUCUUGUCACUCACUUCCUCUCAGAUCAACAUCAAGGUUCUUGUCACUCACGUCCUAUCGGAUCAACAUCAAGGUUCUUGUCACUCACGUCCUCUCAGAUCAACAUCAAGUUCCUUGUCACUCACGUCCUCUCAGAUCAACAUCAAGGUUCUUGUCACUCACGUCCUCUCAGAUCAGCAUCAAGGUUCAUCUCACACACGUUCUCUCAGAUCAACAUCAAGAUUCUUGUCACACACGUCCUCUCAGAUCAACAUCAAGGUUCUUGUCACUCACGUCCUCUCAGAUCAGCAUCAAGGUUCUUGUCACUCACGUCCUCUCAGAUCAGCAUCAAGGUUCAUCUCACACACGUUCUCUCAGAUCAACAUCAAGGUUCUUGUCACACACGUCCUCUCAGAUCAACAUCAAGGUUCUUGUCACACACGUCCUCUCAGAUCAACAUCAAGGUUCUUGUCACUCACGUCCUCUCAGAUCAACAUCAAGGUUCUUGUCACACACAUCCUCUCAGAUCAACAUCAAGGUUCUUGUCACACACGUCCUCUCAGAUCAACAUCAAGGUUCUUGUCACUCACGUCCUCUCAGAUCAGCAUCAAGGUUCUUGUCACACACGUCCUCUCAGAUCAACAUCAAGGUUCUUGUCACUCACGUCCUCUCAGAUCAACAUCAAGGUUCUUGUCAACCGUCCUUCGAUCAACAUAAAGGGUUCUUGCCCACCACGUCCUCUCAGAUCAACAUAA